GAGGGCCCCGCGGCGGGGCUACCCCGGGAAGGGGGGGGGGGGGGGGGGGUCCGAGGUGCUUCUGACCGGCCGGGCCGAGCAUCGGAGGGGGCACCGCCGCGCCCCGGCCCGCCCUUACCUGCCCGCCCGAAGCGCUUGUGCCCCACGGCGCCCUCAGCGCCUGCCGCCGGCCGGUCCCCCCGCAGCCCCCCGGCGCUCGCCCUCCUCAUGGCCGCUGGGGGGGCCCGGCCGGCCGGCGGUGGGGAACACGGAGCACGCUGCUCCCGCCGCCCCCCGCCCUCCGCUCCCGCCGACCACUUGUCAGCCCGCGCCCCGGUGCAGGUACGGGCAGGGGCACGUCCCCUCCGCCGCUGGCAGGGCUGCGCCGAGCUCCGCCGAAAUCCCCCUUUCCCCCGGAGGGGGAGGGAGGAAAAAAAAAAAAAAAAUUCACACGCUCCCUCUCCAAAUCCUGGCGGACACAAAGCCAGCGUUUAUUCCUCGCUCACUGACUUGGAGGGGAGGGGGAGAGGGAGGGAAACAAAAAUAAAACACAACCUUAGGGAAAGAAAACGAGCCCCCGCGCUGCCCGGGGCUACCGCGCUGGCGGCCGCCGAGCCCCUCUCCGGCGCGGCGGCAGCUCCCGGGACGGGGCGAUCCCCCCCGCGGCCCGGCCCGGCGGCUGCAACUUUUCCGCCUGCAGGAAGCUUUUGGUGCGGCUGGAGGCUGGGGCUGCUCGGCGGCGGGGCAGCGUCCCCCGCUCGGCGGGGCUGCGGGGGAGUCGGGGUGCGGGAGCGCUGGGGUCCGCGGGGGUGUUGCGGGGGGUGGGGUGGGGGGAGAAAGUGGGUGCUCGGGGAGGGGGUUUCCUCCCCUUUCGGGGGGCCGGCGCGGGCAGCGUGUGUGGCCGGACGGGGCAGCCGUCCCGCGGGGCUCGGGGCUCCACCGCCCCGCCGCAGCCCCACUUUGUUCCCCCGCUCUGCGGGGCGCGGAGAGAGGCGCGGGGGGCGCGGAUCCAUCUCCCGCGGGCUCAGGAUGCCAGACCGCCCCGCGGGGGGAGGGCGGAGGGAAAACAUCAAAAAACGGAAAGAGUUUGGAGUUUCGUUAAGAAACAGGCGAAACAAAACGCUGAGUUAAAAAAAUAAAAUAAAAGCCGAGAACUUGGACCAAAAGCCCAGAAGGCACCCCCCCCACACGUAACUCCGGGAGAUCCAGCUGUCCCGCUCCGCUGCCCGGCGCGGUCCCGUCUCCCCGCAAGGGCGAGCCCCCUCCCUCCCCGCUGCAUUUGGUACAGUAGAUUUCGAGAAAAAGACAAACGAAGCUAUCAGCGGGGAUGAUGUUGAAGAAUGAAGAUAAUAAUGUUGCUAUAGGUGGUACUUCACAUGACAUUAUUUUUCACUGAAUAUUUAAAGAGACGUUUCGGCAGAGAUGGAUACACUCAGCACAGGCUGUCACCCUCUUUACCCUGAGACAGUGGCAAAGAAACCGAACCUGAACGUAUAGAAACGCACACGUUACUUAUAGCUAGCCACAAGUAAAUGCACACAAAAUACCCACGCGGAUCUAUUUACACAUCUGUGUCUGUAUUUCUAACUGUAUCAAUCACUCCAUUAGCUUCCCACGGUUUCUAAUCUAGCCGCUCUCCCAAAAUUAUUCGCGUUUACAGUUUCAUUACACAUUUGUCGAUUACGCUUAAGACAAAUUUCCCCAGAUG